AUGGCUGUGGCGAGGCCUAUCCGCAUGUUAGGUGCAGCAUGCAUCCUACUGUGUCUCUUUCUGAUCUUUCAGGUCAACCAAAGUCACGGCCCAUCGUUCAUUAGUAAGGGGUCAAAAGAUUAUAAUGGCAUGAAGAAAGAUCCCCUUUUAGAUCCGACCGGCGAACCCGAGGGUCAUUUAUGGCGAGCCGAAGGCAACGACUAUGCCCCCGACAGCGCCCAUUCCGCCCGCACGAACGCUGCUCUCAUUUCCCUCGUCCGCAAUGAAGAGCUGAACGACCUUAUUCCGACAAUGAAAGACUUGGAGCGGACCUGGAAUUCUAAAUUCAACUACCCCUGGAUCUUCUUCAACGACAAGCCCUUCACGGAAGAAUUCAAAAAGCGCACGCAAGCAGAGACGAAGGCAAAGUGCUAUUAUGAGCAAGUGCCAAAGGAACACUGGGACCCUCCGGAAUGGAUCAGCAUGGAACUCUUCCGCGAGUCUGCGGCGAUUCUGACUGAGCAGAAGAUCCAGUACAGCGACAAGCUCUCGUAUCAUCAAAUGUGCCGGUGGAACAGUGGCAUGUUCUACAAGCAUCCCGCUCUUAAGAACUACAAGUACUACUGGCGUGUUGAGCCGAAGGUCCAGUUCUUCUGCAACGUUGAUUACGAUGUAUUCCGAUUCAUGGAGGAUAGAAACCUUACUUAUGGUUUCACCAUCAAUCUCUUCGACGAUCCCAAAACUAUCCCCAACCUCUGGCCAGAGACUAAGAAGUUCCUGGCUGCAAACCCCUCUUAUCUCUCCAGCAACAACAUGAUGGGAUGGUUGACGGACAACUCGCUGCGGCCAGACCACACGGAGGCGGCGAAUGGAUACUCUACCUGCCACUUCUGGUCGAACUUUGAAAUCGGUGACUUGGAUUUCUUCAGAGGACAGCAGUACGAUGCCUACUUCAACCAUCUUGACCGUGCCGGUGGUUUCUUCUACGAGCGAUGGGGCGACGCUCCAGUUCAUUCCAUUGGCUUGGGGCUGUUUGCUGACGCAUCCAAGGUUCACUGGUUCCGGGACAUUGGAUACAAUCACAUUCCCUACUUCAACUGUCCCAAUUCACCAAAGUGCUCUAAAUGCACCCCUGGGCAAUUCUACGCUGGUGCACCCUUCCUCGCCAAGGAAGACUGCAGACCCAGCUACUUUAAGCAUGUGGGGAUGCAUUAA